UCUGUUCAGCUUCCCCGCACUGCGAUGGGACUUCCCCUCACCCAGAGCUUACAUAAAAGUUAAUGUUCAGCCUCCGGACCCGCCCAGAGUUUGCAUCAAUCAACGUCCAGCUCUUGUGGAAGGAGAGCCAGAGCCAGCAGCGGCGGUGGGGAUGCAACGUGCGGUGCUGGUGACCGGGGCGAGUCGCGGGCUGGGCUUGGAGCUGAUCCGCCAGCUGGGCCGAGCUGAGCGGCCACCGCGUUACCUGUUCGCCGCCUGCAGAGAUCCCGAGGGAGCCCGGGGGAGAGAUCUUAAGAACUUUGCAAAAUGUUUCUCAAAUAUAAAAAUAGUUAAGAUGGAUCUGGAUGACUUUGACAGCAUUCAAGAGAGUGCUGAAGAGAUUCAAAAGGUAUUGAAAAAUAAUGGCCUAAAUCUGUUAAUAAAUAAUGCUGGAAUUAACCUUGGUGGAGGUCUGAAUGAAAUUACUCCUGAAAUAAUGAUGAAGACUUACACGAUCAAUGUCAUUGGUCCAAUGAUGGUUACGAAGGCUUUGCUGCCAGCUUUACUGCAAGCAGCUCAGCUGAGUGAUGAACCUGGCUUUAGCAGUAAGAAAGCAGCAGUUAUCAACAUGUCCUCUAUCAUGGCCUCCAUGGAGUUGUUUAACAUUCAACAUGGGAAAACAUAUGCCUACAGGAUCAGCAAGGCUGCAUUGAAUAUGGUGACCAAGUGCUUAGCUAAUGAACUGAAACCCCAUGGAAUCCUUUGUGCUUCAGUGCACCCUGGCUGGGUCAGAACAGACAUGGGUGGUGAAAAGGCACCAUUAACCAAAGAAGAAAGUGUGCAGGGGAUUCUCAAGGUACUUUCAAGGCUUUCAGAGCAAGACAAUGGAUUGUUUUUAGACUGGAGAGGUCAGCUUUUACCUUGGUGAAUUAAUUUGAAAUAGAAAUGGAAAUUAUGACCUAUGUGGCAAUCCUGUUUGUUAAGUAUUGAAAAUUAUUAUGAAAUACAGAAUAUAUUCUUCCAUUUUUAAAGUUUAACUUUGUGUAAUGGAAGUGAUUAACAGUAUCCUUGAUGUACCUGACACUUAAUAAUUAGAUAUAAAUUGUUAAUAAAAUUAUCUCUGAUUUAAC